AGUUUCACUUUUGAUCUGAGUUGUGUCGCAGUUUGGUUCUCCGUGUCAGAGCAGAGCUUAUCCUUCACACUCUCGGGGAGUGACUCCAGCAGCUGGGCUCUGUCAGUGUCGUUGCUGUAGUGACAGCUCUAACAGCAGGGGGCGCUCUGCCAUGGAUCUGUGUGAGGCCCCGGAGGAGGCAGCCCCUCCCUCUAAAACCUCUCAGUUUGAGGAAGAUGAAGCUCAGAGGAGGCAGGGACCGGACUCUCCUGGACCCAGCUGUGUGUCCCUCAAGUCUAUGCCGUUUCAUCUAGACUUUAAAGGAGGACCUGCUGAUGGAGGGAAGCAGAGACCGGACUCUCCUGUACCCAGCUGUGUGUCCCUGAAGAGUGACCUGUCUAUGGAGUUUAAUAUAAACUUUAAAGAUAAAGGACCUGCUAAUGGAGGAAUUCAGCAGGAGGACUCAGAACUCAGUGACCAGCCCGUCCAGCAGAAUCAAGCAGACCUGGAGUCCAGAUUCAAGCUGCUCGGGGAGGAUAUGAACGCCUUUUGGAGGAAAGAGCUAAAGAGAGCCCAGAGGGUUCUGACAUCAGAUUACCCAGCAUCCUUAGAGAAUGAGGAUGAAGGGCAGAGGAGGAGCAGAGAAGCGUUUCUGAAGAUCAUUCUACACCUUCUGAGGAAGAGGGGGGAGGUUCAGCUGGCUGACUGUCUGUGGAGCAAAACUGUUGUUCCAGUGUGCGGACACAAACUGAAGUCUCACCUGAAGGAGAAGUUCCAGUGUGUGUUUGAGGGGAUCGCUAAAGCAGGAAACCCGACCCUCCUGAACCAGAUCUACACAGAGCUCUACAUCACAGAGGGAGGGACUGGAGAGGUCAAUGAUGAACAUGAGGUCAGACUGAUUGAAACAGCAUCCAGGAAACAACACAGAGCAGAAAUGACUAUAAAGAAAGAAGACAUCUUUAAACCCUUACCUGAGAGGGCUGGACCAAUCAGAACAGUGCUGACAAAGGGAGUGGCUGGCAUCGGGAAAACAGUCUUAACACAGAAGUUCACUCUGGACUGGGCUGAACACAAAACCAACCAGGACAUCCAGUUCACAUUCCCCUUCACUUUCAGAGAGCUGAAUCUGCUGAGAGAGAAAAAGUUCAGCUUGGUGGAACUUGUUCAUCACUUCUUUACUCAGACCAGAGAAGCAGGACUCUGCAGGUUUGAAGAGUUCCAGGUUUUGUUCAUCUUUGACGGUCUGGAUGAGUGUCGACCUCCUCUGGACUUCCACAACAAUCAGAUCCUGACUGAUGUGACAGAGUCCACCUCAGUGGAUGUGCUGCUGACAAACCUCAUCAGGGGGAACCUGCUCCCCUCUGCUCGCCUCUGGAUAACCACAAGACCUGCAGCAGCCAAUCAGAUCCCUCCUGAGUGUGUUGACAUGGUGACAGAGGUCAGAGGGUUCACUGACCCUCAGAAGGAGGAGUACUUCACGAAGAGAUUCAAAGAUGAGAAACUAGCUAACACAAUCAUCCCCCACAUCAAGAUAUCCCGAAGUCUCCACAUCAUGUGCCACAUCCCAGUCUUCUGCUGGAUCACUGCUACAGUUCUGGAGGAUGUGUUGAAGACCAGAGAGGGAGGAGAGCUGCCCAGGACCCUGACUGAGAUGUACAUCCACUUCCUGGUGGUCCAGUCCAAACUGAAGAGCAUCAAGUACGAUGGAGGAGCUGAGACUGAUCUUUUGAGCCCAGAGAGCAGGAAGAUGAUCGAGUCUCUGGGAAAACUGGCUUUUGAGCAGCUGCAGAAAGGAAACCUGAUCUUCUAUGAUUCCGACCUGAUAGAGUGUGGCAUCAAGGUCAAGGAGGCCUCAGUUUACUCAGGAGUGUUCACACAGAUCUUCAGAGAGGAGAGAGGACUGUACCAGGACAAGGUGUUCUGCUUCAUCCAUCUGAGUGUUCAGGAGUUUCUGGCUGCUCUUCAUGUCCAUCUGACCUUCACCAACUCUGGACUCAACCUGAUGGAACAAGAACACAAAACAUCCUGGAGGGAUUACUUCUUUGUACAAAACAAAGAAACACAUUUCUACCAGAGUGCUGUGGACCAGGCCUUACAGAGUCCAAACGGACACCUGGACUUGUUCCUGCGCUUCCUCCUGGGUCUUUCACUGCAGACCAAUCUGAAGCUGCUGAGAGGUCUGCUAACACAGACAGGAAGUGACCCACAGACCCAUCAGGAAACAGUCCAGUACAUCAAGAAGAAGAUCAGUGAGGAUCUUUCUGCAGAGAGAAGCAUCAACCUGUUCCACUGUCUGAAUGAACUGAAUGAUAGUUCUCUAGUGGAGCAGAUCCAACAGUCCAUGAGAUCAGGACCCCUCUCCACAGAGAAACUGUCACCUGCUCAGUGGUCAGCUCUGGUCUUCAUCUUACUGUCAUCAGAGAAAGAUCUGGACAUGUUUGACCUGAAUGAAUACUCUGCAUCAGAGGAGGCUCUGCUGAGGAUGCUGCCGGUGAUCAAAGCCUCCAAAAAAGCUCUGCUGAGUGGAUGUAACCUGUCAGAGAGAAGCUGUGAAGCUCUGUCCUCAGUCCUCAGCUCACAGUCCUCCAGUCUGAGAGAGCUGGACUUGAGCAACAACGACCUGCAGGACUCAGGGGUGAAACUGCUCUGUGCUGGACUGAGAAGUCCACAUUGCAGACUGGAGACUCUUAGUCUGUCAGGUUGUCUGAUCACAGAGGAAGGCUGUGCGUCUCUGGCCUCGGCACUGAGCUCCUCCGGUCUGAGAGAGUUGGACCUGAGCUACAACCAUCCGGGAGAACGGGGAGAGAAGUUACUGUCUGCUGCACUGAAGGAUCAAGGCUGCACACUGCGGUUGGAUCAUGGUGGACUGCACAGACUGAAACCUGGGCUGAAGAAGUGGGCCUGUGAGCUGGAGGUGGACACCAACACCGUGAGCAAGAAACUCCGUCUGUCUGACCACAACAGGACGGUGGCACAUGUGGAGGAGGCUCAGUCGUACCUCAAUAAUCCAGAGCGAUUCGCCUACUGGCCCCAGCUUCUGUGUAAAGGUGGUCUGACUGGUCGCUGUUACUGGGAGGUGGGGUGGAAAGGAAGAGCUGUUGUGUCGAUGAGUUACAGAGAAAUUGGGAGAGGAAACAGUGAAGACUGCGUGUUUGGAUGGAACGAUCAGUCCUGGAGUCUGAUCUGCUUUCAGGGAGGUUACCUUGUCAGGCACGACAACAGAGAAACAAACCUCCCUCUCUCCUCCUCCUCCUCCUCAGGCAGAGUGGGAGUGUAUGUGGACUGUCCUGCUGGUUCUCUGUCCUUCUACAGAGUCUCCUCUGACUCACUGAUCCACCUCCACACCUUCAGAAGCUCCUUCACUAAGCCUCUGUAUCCUGGUUUCGGGCCCUGGUUAAAAGGUUCCUCAGUGUCUCUGGUACCCCUUUCACAUUAAAGUGGUCCUGGUGCUAUUUCUGGGCUGAUGCUGGUUGAGGGUUGGUUCUACUUGCGAACCUAUGGAGCUAUUAUUGUUGCAAAACUAUUUGUAACUGUGUAAAAUGAUCCACAAAUACGUACAAAUAUACAAAUAUUCCCUAAGAACCAGUUCGCUUUUCCACAGACAAGGGCCAGGACAGAGCCACGUCACGAUAACCCCGCCUCCACCCCUGCUGUGAGCGUCUCGCUCUUCUAGCACAACAAAUGCUAGAAGAGCACAAACUGGAAUGUAUUUCCGGGCUGGUGCUCGCGCUGGUUUGGAGCUGGUUGAACUCGCGAGUUGACCACUGCUUUGCCUUAGAAACCAUUCAUCUUUUUUAUUUUUUUCGCUGCAGGACAAUGGCGGAAACACGUUUGUGUUUUUGAUCACGGCAACCCUGCCCCCCCACCCCUCGCCCCUGAUGUAAGCGGCUCGCGAUUCUACACCAUCAAAGAGUUGUAGCCGCUCUGCCGCUUCAGUCGAAACACGAAAAACCAGUUCUCAAUUGAGUUGGUGCUACUCUGGAACCAGGUUUUUCUAGUUUAGGGCCCGGUCUUGAACUGGUUAUAGAUUAGACACUGGCUCCGAACCAGCCCUGGAAGUGACUUGGUGGAAAAGGGAUUGUGUGAUCAGGAGGUCAGACAAACUCCGCUGACUGCAGCCAGAGGUUGAUCAACAGUCGGCUGACUUCGGUCUGAGGCUUCGUCCACACGUAUCUGGACAGCGUUCUCCAAACUGUGUACGGGGUAGAGGUGGCCCCGAUUAAGAAUUUACUUAGUCCAAUGUGAUUCGUCAGAUUUUGCCUUUAGUCGACAAAUGGACAGAUGUGUUUUAUAUCUUCAUUCACCCGUAGUCUGCAUUAUGGUGACCGUUUGAUGAUAACACACGUAAACAUUUACAAUUAAGAGGCUUAUAGCUUAAAUUUAAAGAGGACCACAAGAGUAGAUAGGUAUACAACUUUUGUGUUUUAAAUCUAUAUUACACACAAAAACAAGGAGGCCAAAAACUGCCUCUGGCCUGCACACACAUAAUAAUGUUGAAAUUCUAUUCAUCCAUGAAAAUAAACAAAAACACAACAUCAAAUUAGAAAGGAAAAAAGUUAAAAUAGAACAGGUAGGACUUCAGGAGAUAUUUAAAUAUUUGCCACACAGCAGAGAGCAGCACUGUCGAGGGUAGUUCGUCUUACUUCCGGCUAAACAUUUCUAUAAUGUUCAAAAUCAAACCUGAACCAGCUAAAGGGUUUUAAAUCCCUUAGCAUUUGUCCGCUUGAGUCUUUUCAAAUCUUACGCAAGGAAAACCAACGUGUUAACGGGCAGAAGUGCGUUACUUGCUUUGUUGACAAUAAGUCCUGCCUCGGAGGAUAUCCUCUGUGAUGCUUUGGAGGUGGAUGGGAUGCUGUGGAUUCUUUUUGCGGUUCCAGACGGCUUUGGGUAUCCCUCCUCGUACUAUUUUUUGUGUGGUCCGGUAAGCCUUGAUCUCACAGCCCUCUUCAUGAAGCUGCUCCUCAUCUUCAUUACUAUUUUUAGGAUCACCUGAAGUUUUUUUGCCUCACAUUUUGAGUUACCAUGAAUCUAGAAAGAUUUAUAGGCCAGCUGAGGUAUCGCUGCUCCACUGGUCCCGCUAAAUGGAAGAGUCCACCUUUAAUUACCAGGGGAGAUUUAAUUAUCACCUUAAGGAGAUUUAACACUUCAAUUAAGUAUUUAUAAGUUUAUAUUUAUAUCAAAAUAGGCUAUAUGAGACCUUAUUUAUACAGAAACAGGAAAAUGAUAUAGAAUUAGACAUUGGGCACCCCCAUAGUUUGAAUGGAAUGAUCUGUGUUUCAUGUAGAGAUGUUUAACUAAGGCUCUUUAGAACAAUGAAGAACAGCCAGGUGUCCUUCUACACAUGCUGUUAAACCUAACCAUAACGAGCAGACAUUAACAAAUUGGUAGCCGCCAUCUUGGCACCUGCUCAACACAUAUAAACAACCACAGCCAUGUGCAGGUAUGUCAGCGUUUCCCCAAGCGUUUGUUUUUUUCGUGAACACGAAAACAAAAAAACUAACAUCUCCACCUGAGAGGCAUUUUUGAAACCCUCGGUGUCAGUGACCUAAAACUCUGGCUACCUGUUUACGUGUUUACGUGUUUACAUAAGACCAUACCGUAGAUAAAAAACAUGUUUUAUUAUCUCCAUGUGUGGACGGGGCAUGUGAGACGUCAGUACGGAGAGCACAAACCUGAGUCUCUGUGUAACAUGAGGGCUUCUCUCUGUAUAAAUCUAGUGUUAUAUAUACGUUAUAUAUUCCACCAUAAAGGAAAGACUUCGUAACGUGUCAAAUGUAUUCAGGGCCGGAGUGGGACUCAUUUUACACCCCAGAGUUUAAAGGCUCAGACCGCCCACUUUAACUGAACAUGGAUCUUUUUUGCCUUACAGUUAUAUUACUCUCUAACCGAGUUAUUCACCAUGUGUCUUAUCAAAUACCCAAACAUGUACCUUCAUUUAUCUGUGAACAGCACUGUUUUUCUGCAGUGUCAGCUUUAUUCAGCGUCAAUGAGCCUAAACCUACAUGUCCAAAACAAUAACAGUAUUAUCACUGCACUCACCUUUGAAACACCAACACAUCAAAGCAUAUACUGAGCACUGACUGAUCACUUAUCUCAUAGUUAUGAUGUAUUAUCUUAUCACUGUCUCAUAGUGGUGAUGUAUUAUCUCAUCACUGUCUCUUAGUGAUGACAUAUCACUGUCUCAGUGAUGACGCAUUAUCUCAUCACUGUCUCAGUUAUGACGUAUUAUCUCAUCACUGUCUCAUAGUGAUGAUGUAUUAUCUCAUCACUGUCUCAUAGGGAUGAUGUAUUAUCUCAUCACUGUCUCAUAGGGAUGAUGUAUUAUCUCAUCACUGUCUCAUAGUUAUGAUGUAUUAUCUCAUCACUGUCUCAUAGUUAUGACAUAUUAUCUCCUCACUGUCUCUUAGUGGUGAUGUAUUAUCUCAUCACUGUCUCAUAGUUAUGACAUAUUAUCUCCUCACUGUCUCUUAGUGGUGAUGUAUUAUCUCAUCACUGUCUCAUAGUGAUGAUGUAUUAUCUCAUCACUGUCUCUUAGUGGUGAUGUAUUAUCUCAUCACUGUCUCAUAGUGAUGACAUAUUAUCUCAUCACUGUCUCUUAGUGGUGAUGUAUUAUCUCAUCACUGUCUCAUAGUGAUGAUGUAUUAUCUCAUCACUGUCUCUUAGUGGUGAUGUAUUAUCUCAUCACUGUCUCAUAGUGAUGACAUAUUAUCUCAUCACUGUCUCUUAGUGGUGAUGUAUUAUCUCAUCACUGUCUCAUAGUUAUGACGUAUUAUCUCAUCACAUCACUAGUCUGCACCUGCUCUGUUUCUUAAGCGUCUUCAAAUAACGUUGUAUAUUGACUCUAUAUAAAUGAUUGAUAUAACUAUUUUGACUAACUCAUCAGUUAUCCAUAAUGCUAAAUAACACAACACAACUCGUGGACUUGGAUCGCCAAGCUUGAACGUUUCUGUGUUGGUGUGGCACAUCUUGUAUCUUGAUGUUGACUGCUAGCUUACCUGUGUCAUUUCCACCUGUUUUAAUAAAGGACUGAAUGACUUUGA